AUGAGUAAGCGCAACUUUAAGCUUCCGACGAUAGAACUUAAAAAGUUUAACGGCGAAGCAAGAGAAUUUUUAAAUUUUUGGAGCCAAUUCAAGAAAAUCCAUGAGGACAAGGGCAUUGAUAAUGAAGAUAAAAUGCAGUAUUUAAUUCAAUCGAUGGAACCUGGUUCGAAGGCAGAAAGAUUAGUGCUGAGUUUUCCUGCUACCGGAGAAAAUUAUAGUAGAGCAAUACAGCAGUUAAAGGAAAGAUUUGGCCGUGAUGAUCUGCUGGUGCAAGUGUAUGUUCGAGAUUUAUUGAGACUAGUUAUGAAAAAUGCUGCCACAGGACGGGGGAAAGCUGAUCUUCCAUCCCUCUAUGACGAAUUGGAAGGAAAACUUCGUGCGUUGGAAACUCUUGGACGGACCAAAGAGAAGUAUGGAGAUUUCUUGACACCUUUGGUUGAGAGCUGUCUGCCGGAAGAAGUUUUAGUAACGUGGGAAAGAAGCCGUAACCAUGAUCUAACCGAAGAUAAGAACUGUCGCACUUUAGAGCAGUUAAUGAGCUUUCUUCGCCAAGAAGUCAAUGGAGAAGAAAUGGUUCGCCUCGCAAGAACUGGCUUCGGCACGAACUCAAAUUUGCGCAAACGAGAGCCCACAACUGAGAAGGAAAGCGACCUAGCGACAGCUGCAGCGUUAAAAGUUUUGAACAUGCUAGAAAAAAGAUAA